CGUUUCAGCCGAGCGGAUCUUGGCGGUCAUUUUGCUGCAAAAAACCGUUACUUGAAGAGUACCUGCAUUAGUUUUAGAGUCUCUACAAAAUCUGGGGUUUUCGUGAACUACAGACGGAGAGCUUCGACUAAAGAUGGAAUGUCCCCAGUGCGGCUGCACAUGUGGGGAACAGGACAAGUUCUGCAGUCAAUGUGGCUGCAAAUUACAGUCAGAGCAGCAGUCUUCAAAGAAUUUAAAGGAUGAUGAAAGACAUAUUGAAGAUGGUCAAUCCACACUGUCUGAAAAAACUGCCACUGCGGAAGAGUUCAAAGGACAACGAAGGAUUGCCAGUGAGGAAUUUCAAGAUGCCCAAGAAAUACUGGUCUGGAAUGCAGAAGUCUCUGAAGAAAACAAGACUGAAGUGAACAAAGAGCCCUCUAAACCUGGAAAGCUGACAGUAAACUUCAUUGAUACGACAUCGGUUUCUAUCAGUUGGAGCAAACCACAUGGAAUGGAUGGAAUUCCACACUUGUUCAACAUAUCCUAUCACAGUUCUGGAGGAGAACCAAAACUCAUCUCCACCAAUUCUCAGAGAACAAAGCUCACUGGGCUGAAUCCUGGAACUGAGUACACUGUCAGCGUCUCCACUGUUCUGGAAAAUGGGAUGCAAAGUGCUGCUGUUUCUGAAAGCAUCUUUACAGAACCUUCAGCACCACAGAAUAUGAACGUCUGCUCUUUGAACGUAACAUCUGUCACCCUUAGAUGGGAAACACCUCUCAACAUGGCUGGAGUUCCACACAAAUAUAAUGUUACUUGGGACACAACUCAUGAGCCAAGUCAGUCCAUCACAACAAAGGAGACCUUUGCUGAAGUAGCUGGCCUGACACCUGGAAGUGACUAUUUGUUUUCCGUGUGCACCGUCUUGGAGUGCACUGAGGUGAAGAGUGCAUUGUUACAUACAACAGUCCGCACAAACCUUCCCCGACCAGGAAAAAUAACAGUCCACAGAGUCACAAUGGACUCUGUAUCUCUGAGCUGGGGACCUCCAGAAGGGUUGGAAGGCCUUUGUGAAAUGUACAUGGUAACCUGGAGUUUCAUGGGAAAGAAGAAUAACAUCAAGGUUAAAAAUGACAGAAGUGUUGCUGUAAAGCAACUGUCUCCAGGCAGAGAGUAUGUGUUCAGUGUGGUCACCACCAGAGACGGUCGGAGCAGCAAGAGCAGGAGCAACUGUGUUUCUGUGUCUGUAUGGACAGAACCGUCUCCUCCACUGGACCUCCAGGCAGAGGAGGUGAGGAGCAGGUCAGUGACACUUUGCUGGGAGAGACCAAAGGACAUGGAUGGAGUUUCUUACCAGUACAUCAUCACCUACAACUGUAAUGGAGAGCAGCCCAAAUCAAAAACACAGGAAUCCAGCAUCACUUCAGCUGUUUUUUCUGAUCUGAAACCAGCAGCUGAAUAUGUCUUCACCAUCUCCACAAUGAUUCAAGCUGGAAACAGGAGCACUGGAAGUUCAGUACGUGUGUGCACCAAAACCUGCUUGGAUGAACUGCUAUAUGAUUUGGGACUGCAGUGUAACCUGAAACAAAAACUCACUCUAAGCACUAUUCUGGAGAUCAGCCCUGUAACUAUGGCAGAUGGACUCAAUCAGUCUCUAAAAUCCCUGCCAUGGUACUUUCUGAGGAAACUCAUGAUGGUCAAUGUGACUGCCAGGAGUGAUAUGUGCACAAGCAAGAAAGACUCAGAUUUCCAGAGCACGGACAGCCUUUUGGAUCAUGUUUUUAAUGUAGAUGAUCACAGGAGUGGGAUCCAUCCCCUUGAUGUCAUCACUGCUGUUUUCCUCUGCUCAGACAGUUUUCUUCAACAGGAGAUCGUCUUGAAAAUGUCCAUGUGCCAAUUUUCUGUGCCUCUUUUACUGCCAAACUGUGACACACGACAGUGCACUUUGAUGCUCUGGGCAAUGAGGGACAUAGUGAAGAAGUUCAGACCCCAUUCCCUUAAGGAUCAAAAAGGGUUUGUGGAGGAAAGCAUUGUUCUCCUUCAACUUCCCUUGGUAUCUUUUGUCAGACUUGGUGAGAGAAGUUUAUCAAAGUCUCAUAUCUUGAACCAAGUUCUGAGUAACCCACAGCAGUACCAUGAUACUUUUGUUCACCACAAUAUGGCAUGUGGUGACACUCCAAAGCGGAUUUCGGAUGGACUAGUGGAAAUUAGCUGGUCUCUACCCUGUGGCAACCGAAAUAUUGACAUCUUUCCAGAUCCUGUUGCUGUAGCCAAUCUACGUGGGGAUGUUGGCUCUCUUCAGACUCAGUUUUCUUUUCUUUGUGAAGCUUCUGCUGCUGUGUUUCUGUUCUGUGAUGACUUGGAAAACUUUUGUGAAUUUCUUCAACCUAUGAACUUUAAGGGUCAGUUGUUCCUUGUUACGAAUUCACAGAACACGAGCUUCAAUUUACAAAAUUUUAAAGCAAGUAUUUCCAAAUUACAGAUUCAAACUAGGAACAUCAUAAUAAAGGGCCCACAGAUGAAUGAUGCAGAAUUUGUCAAGAAGCUGCAUGAAAGUGUUGGUAACCUUGUGAGAGAACCUCCCUUCAAAAUAAGUAUUGAAGAGAUGUCUAAACUUGCACAGGAGUUGGGGAUCCCAGUGGAUGAAGAUGCCCCCCAAUGUCAGACCAGCAAAAAAAAUGCAGAAGAAAUCACAGCAAGAAUUUCUGAUAUUCCACAUUUCAAAGAGAAAGAGCUCCCCUUACAGGGGAAGGUGUGGAAAGAACUAACUAAACUGGAGAAGGAACAAUGCAGGCUGAGAAAAGCAGGGGGUAAAAGCAUUGAAAUAUAUAAGAGUGAGCUGUCUAGUCAGAAGCAAAAGCUUAAGGAGCAGCAGGGGUCUAUGGAUAUAUCUGAUGCAAUGUCUUCUUUCAUGUCAGCAGUCUCUAAUUCCAGAGAAGAGCGACCAUAUUUCCUCAAGUGGAUGAGAAUUAAUCUAGACACCAUGUCCCGGAAGAACUUGUCACACCUUCGAGAGGAGUACAAGAAAAAGUGUUUUAAUUCUCCGGCAAACAAAGAGCUUAUUUCUGAGUUGGACUGGCAGAUAUCUAGUAGCUCACUGGGUGUUGAACACUUUCUGCGAGAGAUGGGUCAGUUGUAUGAAUCAGCCAGCUCACUUCCAGAAAAUCAACUUGCUCGAGAGCAGCUGAAGAACCUGCCAUUGUUAUGUGCUGAACUGCUGCAGGAUGGAUUUCCAGUGGAGCUUAUAGAUGGGGAUGCAUCCAACAUCCCCAUGAAGUGGGUUUCAGCAGUUCUGACAGAGCUCCACCAUAUCAUGAAAUGUAAGUGUAAGAUCCGGGUAAUCACUGUGCUUGGAGUCCAGAGCACAGGGAAAUCUACUCUGCUCAACACUAUGUUUGGGGUCCAAUUUGCUGUUAGCAGUGGUCGGUGCACAAGAGGUGCCUUCAUGCUACUAAUCAGAGUGAAAGAAGAUUUCAGGAAGCAGCUUAGAUGUGACUACAUCUUGGUAAUUGACACUGAAGGGUUAAAGUCACCGGAAUUGGCUCAGCUUGAUGAAAGUUACGAACAUGAUAAUGAACUUGCUACACUAGUGGUAGGCCUGAGUGACAUUACAAUCAUUAACAUUUCCAUGGAAAACUCCACAGAAAUGAAGGAUAUCCUUCAGAUUGUGGUGCAUGCCUUCUUGCGUAUGAAGGAGGUGGGGAGAAAGCCCUGCUGUCAGUUUGUUCACCAGAAUGUGCCAGAUGUUUCAGCACAUGACAAGAAUCUAAGGGAGAGGAAACUUCUGCUGGAGCAGUUGAAUGAGAUGACAGAAAUAGCAGCAAAAAUGGAAAAGAGGGGACAUCUCAAAAAAUUUACAGACAUCCUUGAGUACAACCCGGAGAAGAACAACUGGUACAUCCCUGGACUCUGGCAUGGCAAUCCUCCAAUGGCACCAGUCAAUGUGGGUUACAGCGAGAGUGUGAAUGAAUUCAAGAAGAGCCUCAUUAAAUCAUUCACUGAGUGCCAAAGCCCGGCACACACAUUUUUAGAGUUCCUUGAAUGGACCCAGAGUUUAUGGAAGGCUGUGAAAUACGAGAACUUCAUCUUCAGCUUUCGCAACAGUCUUGUGGCCGAUGCUUAUUCCAAACUUUGUACAGAAUUCAACAAGUGGGAAUGGGCUUUCAGGAAACACAUGUUCUCAUGGCUGACAGGAGCCGAGACAAAGAUCUCAAACUUUGGCACAGUAGCGUCUCAACCAUCUGUUAAUGCUGAAGAUUUACUGAGCACCCUAAAAUGCGAGGCCAUCGAACAGCUGACUGCACAGGAAAAAAUUAUUUUGGACAACAUUGAUGAAUACUACAGGAGACAGGAAAACCACGUGUACUUAGUUGAAAAAUAUAAAGAGGACUUCAUGACCAGUGCCAAGACUCUCAGAAUGGAGGCAGAAAACUUGAUAAAGAACAAGCUGGAGACAACAUCAGAAAUCAAAAAGGGAAUGCUCAGGUUGGACUCUAUCAAGAAAACAUACACUGACACAAUGGAACAGAAAGUACUGAUGCUGAUUGACAGAUGCAGGAAAAUUCAGUCAGAAAUGUCAGAGCACCAGCUUGGGACUGAAUUUGGGAAAAUGUGGGACGAGACUGUGAAAGAGCUUUCGUUCGGAGGACUAGACAGACGGAAUGUUGUCCAAGACAUCUACAACCAGUUGAGAAUCAACAUGGCGCGAAAGGGAAGUAAUGUUCAGGAAAUACUGAACAAUUUUAGCAACUUGUGUGAAUGUGGAAAAGAGCCAUUUAAAGUGCAGAGUGGAGCACAAUGGUUUGUCAAGAGGAUCUGGAAUAAAUUCUUUGGAGAUGAGCAAAAGAAGCGGGCUCAACAGAUGGCAGACCAAAUCAUCAACCAAAGUCAAGAAUUUGUUGCUGACAAGGUGCAAACAAAAACAGAUUAUCACAACACAUACAUCAUGGACCUCCUGCAUCUCAUAGAUGAGAACUUGGAAAAUCAUAAGAAUCUAGAAACAAGUGUUGCAUUUGAGGCCUCUCUAAAGAUACACAUCUGUGGUCAUGCAGCGAGGGAGUUCCAGCAAAUGCAUCAUGAUUUUAUCCAAAGGAAUGACCCUCGGUGUUGCCUGGAGCAAUAUAAAGACCAGUACUGUGCUGACUUCAAGGACCUGUUCUAUGAAAGAGACCAGUGUCAUAAAAAGGCUACAGAGUUUGCCAAUUUAUGUCUUAAACCUGCUGUCGGGGAUUAUGUAAAAACAUCACUGGGACCGGAUAUUGUAGAUAAAAUGUCAACUGGAAAUAAUUCAUUUGAAUUCAGUACUCGCUCCUUUUUCCAGUUCUCUAUACUGAAACAACUCCUUGUAGAUGUUAACUUCAAGAACUACGUGAAGUACAUUCUGCACUAUGAGCGAUUUAUUAAGCAGUGGAUAUUUGAGCAAAUUGUGAAGCACUUCUCAGAAAGCACUGGUACGCUCCAAAAUUUGGUGGAAAGUCAUCAGAAGGAAAUCAUUGGGAAGAUCAAAGAUGCUGUUUCCUCUGCACCCACAGGAGGAUGUGAGAAGAGUGGUGGUGAUAUUUGUCACUUCAUUCAGAACAUCUGUAUUAAUUUGGAUAAGGAGGUUGUCAUUCCCAAAGAUGCUCUGGAUAAAUUCAUGGCCUUGAAUUCUGCUAAUCCUGAGGGAUUUUCCAAGGUGCUCUUGAAAAUCAUAGAAGAAAUGGGAAAGACCCUGAGUGAAGAGUUUGAAAAGAAGUUGGAUGUGAGAGAAAUACUGACAAGUUUGACUUUCAAGCCCCAGGAUGAGCUGUUCGGAAGAGUGUUUGGCUGUGGGAAGCAGUGUCCAUUCUGUAAAACUCCUUGUGAAGCAGGAGGGAAAGAUCACACAGAGCACUUUGCGUCGAUUCAUCGUCCUGAAGGCAUUGGGAGGUACAGAUACGACAGCUCUAAGAAACUAGUGACUCAUAUAUGCUCCUCUUCAGUUGCUAGUGAAAUGAAAUUCCGUUGUUUCGAAACAGAGGGAAAGUAUCACCCAUAUAAGGACUAUCGGGAUAUUUUCCCCAACUGGCUCAUCCAACCUGAUCCAAGCAUCGAGUCGUCAGACUACUGGAAGUAUGUCUUUGUCAAGUUCAAUAAAGAGUUUGCAGAAGAGUUCAAAGCAAAGCCUGCAGACCUGCCACGUGAGUGGAGAUCAAUAUCUAAAGCACAAGCACUGAAAAGCUUGGAAGAAACGUAUAUGCUGAAAAAGCAAGAGGAUUAUUAA